CUUAAUCUUAAAAUAAAUCAAAGUUGAAUCAGAAAACAAUGCAGCAGCUGUUUAGUUUCGGUUAACGUUAAAAAUAUACACUGACACGUCUUGAUCAGCUGUAUCUCAUAAAAGUUGCUGAGACGCGUAGCUAACUUAAUCAGCUAACGUUAGCAUUGUGUGUUAGCCUUAGCCUCGGUGUCAUGGGAGUGUGUGGACUCAGCUGGCUGGAGCUGGUCUGACAGCUUUAAGGAAUCUGACAUUGCUUAACUUAGAGCUCCAGAAGAGAACACAGUUUGAACUUUGUAUACAUCUUUUUUUAAAUGGUCCAACUUUAACAGGGAUUUUGUCGAACCUACCUGGAUGAAGUUACGCUAGCAUCCAGUUUGCUAGCACGAAUAUUGUUACAAACUGCUUGAGGUCGAAGUAAACAUGAAGUUGGUCGCAAGCCGGUGAACGCCUGCACCGACGCUGGCUUCAGCUAUGUGGCAGCAGGGGAGGAGGAGGGGUGUCGAUGGUGGUGGAUGUGGUGCGGUACAACAGCAUGAUUGUUCCCUUCUCCUUCUCCAGCUUCUCCUUCAGUCAUGGAAUACAGCUGAACACCCGGAAAGUGCACAUAUUUCACAGAAACUGUAGCAGGGUGGAUGCAGUCCUGUUGAAGAAAGGAGCAGUUAGGAGAGUAAAUAUCCGUCAACUUGACACAUGCUCUCAAAGAUCUCUUUUUCUUCAUCGAUCUUCACAUACAGGUGAAGACAUAGGUACAGUUUUGGAUGCAGCUUGUAUGUUGGCUGCUGUGCGUUGGCACGGCGGGGGCGCUCGCUGUGUUGCACAAGGACCAGGUGGCCAAGAAUGCCAUUAAGCUUUAUCUGGGCAAAGGAGGGACACACGGCCACAGCUGGGUGAACAACAACUGCAAACGGCUUGUGGGGCUCCUGAGGCAGAAGAAUGUGGCUGUCAGGAAGCUGGCGGCUGCUGCUGAUGCUGUUAGACGUGAUCGGACCCUUUCAGAACCAGAGAGGCUCUUCCAGGUUCACACCCUGGAGGUUUUCCAGAAGGAGCUGAAUGAGAGCGAACACCUGGUGUUCCAGGCGGUGCACAGCCUGCAGAGGGCGCUGCAGGGAGACUACAGGGAUGUGGUCAAUAUGAAGGAGAGCAGCAGACAGAGGCUGGCCGCCCUCAGGGAGGCAGCCAUAAAGGAAGAGCAGGAGUAUGUGGAGCUGGUUGCUGCUGAGAAACACCAGCAGGAAGCUGUAAAGAGUGCAUUAGCUCAAAAUAAAACUCUAUCCAUGCUGGAUGAGAUCCUUGAGGAUGUCAGGAAGGCAGCAGACCGGCUGGAAGAGGAGAUCGAGGAGCACGCCUUUGACAAUAACAAGGAGAUGAAAGGAGUAAACGUGGAAGCAGUGUUGAGGGUGGAAGACGAGGAGAACGGAGGGAAGAGGAAGAACAAGUCCAAACAGAAGGACGUGGAGGAUGACCUGGGACUGAGCAUGCUCAUUGACUCUCAGAACAACCAGUACGUCCUCACCAAACCACGAGACUCCACGAUGCCAAGAGCAGACCAUCACUUCAUCAAGGACUUGGUGUCGGUGGUGAUGCUGUCGCUCCCCUGUGGCUGGAUCUGCUCUCUGGUCGGUCUUCCUCCCAUGUUUGGAUACAUCAUCUGUGGGGUCCUGCUCGGCCCCUCGGGCCUCAACAGCAUCAAGUCUAUGGUCCAAGUGGAGACUCUGGGGGAGCUGGGUGUGUUCUUCACUCUUUUUGUGGUCGGUCUGGAGUUCUCACCUGAGCGAUUACGGAAGGUAUGGAAGACAUCAGUCCAGGGGUCCUGUUACCUCAGUCUGCUGAUGGUGGCAGCCGGUUUGUUGUGGGGUCAAGUCCUAAAUAUUCGACCCACCCAGACUGUUUUCAUUUCCACCUGCCUGUCCCUAUCAAGCACUCCAUUAGUGUCCCGCUUCCUGGCGGGGGGGAGUAGGGGGGAAAGAGAAAAAGAAGGCAGCUGUGUUUGUCCAAUAAGCCUAAAUACAGAAAUAAUUGAAGAAGAGAUCUCACCUAAAGCAGAUGUGGAACGGAAUUUAGUCACACUACAUAAAAGUGAACUGGACUACAGCAGCGUUCUACUCGGGAUGUUAGUGAUGCAAGACGUUCAGCUUGGCCUCUUCAUCGCCGCCAUGCCAACGCUGAUCCAGGCACAGAGUGGAGACGUGGAAAGCUUCCUUUUGGGGAGUCUGCGGGUGUUUUACCUCCUGGCCCAGAUCCUGGUGUCUCUGGCUGCUGUGCUGCUGCUGUGCUUGUUACUCAAAUCAUUCCUGAUUGGCCCCUUUUACAAGAAACUGCAUGCUGAGAGCAAAGGCAACAAGGAGAUCCUCGUGUUGGGAAUGGCAGCUUUUGUCUUUUUCAUGCUGACGGUGACAGAGUUGUUUGAUGUAUCUAUGGAGCUGGGCUGUUUCCUGGCUGGAGCUCUGCUGUCCACACAAGGUCACAUGGUCACCACGGAGGUCAUGGGAUGCAUCGAGCCAAUCAGAGAUUUCCUCGCCAUCAUCUUCUUUGCCUCCAUAGGUCUCCACGUGUUCCCGACAUUUGUGCUGUAUGAACUCACCAUCCUGCUGGUGUUAACUUUCACGCUCGUCAUUAUGAAGUUCAUGAUGGCCGUACUGGUGCUCUCAGCCAUCCUUCCUCCAGGCUCUCGACACAUACGGUGGAUCGUGUCAGCCGGUCUGGCUCAGGUCAGCGAGUUCUCCUUUGUCCUGGGCAGCCGUGCUCGCCGUGCUGGCAUCAUCUCCAGAGAGGUGUACCUGCUGGUUCUCAGUGUCACCACCCUCAGUCUGCUGCUGGCCCCAGUGCUGUGGAAGGUCACCACACAUAAAUGGGUUCCCCGGGUCGAGCGCAAAACAAUCACAUGACCACAUCGGCUUCUGGGAAAAAAAGUUCCUGUGCAACUCCUGCAAAACUGACAGCGAGGAGCAAGAGUUAAGUCUUAUUUGGCCUUUCAGAAAGGCUGGACCAAAUCCUCGUCUUCCUCUUCAUCUUCUUCUUUAUUAAACAGACACUGAUUCCUUCAUGCCACAAACAUAAAACCUGGACCAUCCAAGUACUAUAACCUUAAAGUGUUUGAAGGCUUGUUUCAUUGCAGAGGCAAAACAUAUUUCCAAACAUAUUUAUAAAAUAGAAACACCUCUGAAACCAUCCUCUCUCCGUAAAAGCUCAACAUCAUCUGUGACUUUAAACAACCGCUCAUAGAAUCAGUUCAGUGGAGAAGCACAAGUCCUCGAUAUCCUUCCUAAUGGUUUGAAUUGUUUUAAUGUACUUCUCAAGCAUUAUGAAGAACAAACUGAAACUUUCCCUCUCUACUGUCCCGAAAUUCCACUGAACUCCCAUCUAUCUCAGUUGUUUUUGCACUUUCAGCUUUAAGUUUUUCUAAUUCCUUGUAACAAUCAAUGGCUCUUUUUACAUUGAGUGAAAUGUUUGCUUAAAUAGGGAAACGUUUUUGUAUAAUUUAUUUAACCUCAAUGUUUUCUACAUAUGACCUUCUGAAGUAUCCUUCUCUGACUUUUAGAUUAUUCAAAUGAAAGCUUCAAAUCCUUACUGAAGUGUUUCUGCUGUAAUAGAUGGUACUUGUAAUUUAUUGUAAUCAUUGUACUACUGUGAAUUUAGCUGUGAGGAAACUCUUAGUGUUACCUAAAAACGACAUCAAUUAAUUUUUACAAAGACCAUAACGGCCAUUAUUCAUUCUUCUUUUAGGCUCUCCAUUUUGGUCAAAUCUAUGUAAACUAUGAUAUAAUUCUGAUUAGUACAAAGUAGGAAAUGGAGAUAAUUGAUUAUUAGAGAGCGGAUCACAAUAAUAGAACAUGCUCACCAGUAUUUAUGUACUGAUGUUGCAUUAAAGGAACGUCUUGCACUGGUUACCAUUGAAUGUCAAACGUGUGUGCCUGCUCAACAGUGCUCUGCACUAAAAGCAAGCAUUCAUGCUGUAAGUGUCUGUGUCUUAUCCUUCAUAAUGUGCAAUGUGUAAGUGUCUGUUUUUAUGAGCUAGAUACAUUUUAUAUUUUGUUAUAUAUUUAACAUUUUCCCACAGUGUGUCAAAUCAGAGGGGUCUUUUUGUCUUUUCUUUGUGUAGUGGAUGGGGUUUACAUUCCUGUGUUGUUGCUCAUGACUGACUGAGCAUUUAUUUAUUAAAAAUAAGAACACAUGUAUUUAUUUCAUUGAUUUUAGUCUGUAUUCACCCUGUUGUCAGAUUGCAUUACUUUCUCUGAAGAACAUUUUAAAAAUCCUGAUUUUGGUCUAUUCUUCGAUAUCCUAAUGUACCUUGAUAUGAAGUAGUUCCUUAUUUGUUGGUGAUCUUGAUACCCGUGUUUCCUUACCUUUUGGUUUUUAUUUCUUUGUUUGAAGUUUUUAACUCUGUCCAAUUAGUCAGUGAGCUGAGCUGAUACACAGUCUUUGGUCCAUGUAUCGUGCAUGUCACCAAGGUCUCUGGAAUUUCUAGACUUCCCUCCGUCCGGCCAUAAAGCUGUAAUCUUCUAAAUCUUUCUUUUACCUCCUUACUCUGCCGCCAAUACUCACAUACAUUACCUCCCUCUCUUAACUCCCUGUUGGAUUUUUAUUGUUCAAGUGCCUUCAUUUUUUCUUCUUUAUUCAUGACAUAUUUUAUAAAUGCUGCAGACAUAUACUUUGCAGCAUUUAAAUAUAUGGCAACUUUCAAAGACAAGACAAUUUAAAUUGCAUUUGUGACAUAAAAAAAAACAAAUCUAGUAGAAAGCUAGACUUAAUGACUAUAUAAAUAAAUGUCACUUCAGUAUGUGUCUUCUAUUCCAGUGUAUCCCAACCUUUUUUCUGGCUUGUGUUGUGACCCAUUCAUAAUAAAAACAAGGUAUCUUUAAGA